UUUUUAAGAGGGGUAUUUCUUUAAGCGCUUACUAAGUGCCGGGGAACGUACUGAGCGCUGGGACGCAGGCGAGCCAAUCGGGUUGCAGCGGCCUCGCCUCCCAUUUUCCAGAGGAGGGCACCGAGGCCCGGAGAAGGGAAGGGACUGGGACGAGGUCACCCGGCAGACAAGCGGCCGAGCUGGAAUUAGAACCCAGGCCACACAGGUUACCUGGGACCCCGCUCCAGCCGGGCGAGCCGCUGGAAGGAAACCCACACGACGGUCCCGUCCCCGCCGCCCCCAUCCCGGAUAACCUCCUUGGCUCCCGCCGUCAUCGCAGUGGGGAAACACGGACUGAAGACUCCACGAUCCGGGCAGCAGAGCGAAGUACGGCCUGGAGCCGGGAGAGCCAGGAGGCAGUGAAGUCGGCGAGGCGGCCGAUGCUGUAAUCAAAGCCGGGACGGCGGUCGGCGUGGGGAUGGAGGAGCCCCGCGUCAAGCUGGUGGUCACGGCCGACGACUUCGGCUACUGCCCGCGGCGGAACGGCGGCAUCGUGGAGGCCUUCCUGGACGGGGCCGUCACCUCCGCCUCCCUGCUCGUCAACGGCAGCGCCGCCGUCGACGCCGCCCGCCUGGCCCAAAGACACGGCAUCCCGACGGGCCUCCACCUGAACCUGACGGAGGGGUCGUCGGUGAGCGGGGCGGUGGGGCCGGGGUCGUCGCUGCGGGCGGCCGGGGGCUUCCUGCCGGGAAAGCUGGGCCUCCGCCAGGCGCUGCAACGAGGACACCUGGACCUGGCCGAGGUGAAGCUGGAGCUGGAGGCGCAGCUGGCCUUGUUCCGGGACCUGCUGGGCCGCGACCCGCUCCACGUGGACGGACACCAGCACGUCCACGUCCUGCCAGGCGUGCGCCGGGUGUUCGCCCAGGUCCUGGAGAGCCACGGGAUCCAGUUCACGCGGGUGCCCGCGGAGCCGGGCCUGGCGCGGUGCGACUGGCUGGAGCCGCCGCUGCUGGACUUCUACGAGGGCGUCGGGGCCGACGGCCGGGCCGCCGCGGGCGAGUUCGCCCAGCACGGAAUCAGGUGGCCGGACGCUUUCUUCGGGCUCAGCACCAUGGGCAAACACAUGUCCGUCGGCCGGCUGGGGGCCGCCCUGGAGCGGGCCGUGGGCAGCGUGCCGGACCGGGGGUCGUCGGGGGCCGUCACGGUGGAGCUGAUGACGCACCCGGGCCAUCCCAGCGUGCCGCCCGCCGGGGGCUGCGGCCAGGGGCCCGACCGGUUCUCCCAGUCCUGGGAGCGACUGCACGAGCUGCGGACCCUGCUGGCCCCGGAGCUGCGGGACCACUUCCGGGACACCGGCGUCCGGCUGUGCGCCUUUUCGGACCUCUGAGCUCCGGCCCCCCGGGGUCCCCCCCGCCCCCCGCCAUCUCUUGCCCCAGGGACGAGGGCUUCUCCGGCGCCCACCCGUGCCACCCCGCGGCCCCGCUCCGGGGAUGGCGAACCGUGCCGGACGCAGCCGGGAGGCACGCUCGAGUCCGGGGGGACGCCCGGCCCCGCUGCCCUCAGGGAAGGGGGAGGGAAGAGGCCGCCUGGGGCUCCCUUCGCGGCCCCCCCCCCCCGGAAAUAAAGCCACUCUCACUCCCUCCAGAGGGUUUCUAUCGA